CCGGAGAGGUGAAGCGGAUGAAGAUCAAGAUGAACAACCUGCGCUUCCGGUCGAGGGAGGAGGACGAGGGCGGAGCCGAUGCCGGCGGCGACGACAUGCUUGCCGGGACGCCAAGUGCUCCGCCCGCCGGCGGCAACGCGAGUGCGGGCGGCGGUGGCGGCGGCGCUGCUGUCGCCGUGCCAGCAGGUGGCCCUGCUGCUCCUGGCGGCGCUGCUACCGCUGGCGGCGCUGCUACGGCUGGCGGCGCUGCCACCGCUGGCGGCGCUACCAUCCAUGCCGUCGCUUUCCCCGGUGGCGGCGCUGUCGUGGGCGGCGAGUUUGGCCCAGCUGUCAUGCAGCAGCUGUUGCAGCAGAUGCCGGGGCCAAACGCGUUCGUGCCGCCGCCCGGCCUGGCUGAGGCGGUGUCACAGCGCAUGACGCAGCGUAUGGCCGGACACCAGGGGCAGCUGAGCGCCGAAACCGUGGUCACGCAGAUGGCUGCGGUUCUCGAAGAGAUGCGGAUCCUCCCGCCGCGCGAUGGAACGUGAGCGUCCGUUGCGACUGGCCCGAAGGAAGGCGAAGCUGUCGUGACCGCCGCAGGUAGGCGCUUCGUCGUUAGCAGCUCCUCGCAUUUGCCGCAUCCGAUCCUGUCUACUACGUCGCGACGCACUCCCUCGCCCCUUCGCAUGGGGGCGUGAUGUGUACUCUCGGCCGAGCACUCUUGCGCGCCGCUC